CUUAAUCGUUUAUUAAUGCCAAAUGAUUCUAUUACAUCAUCAAUGAUAUUAAAUAAUAUUGGGCAUGUUUAUAAUGAAUUAGGUAAUUAUUUACAAUCAAUAAAAUAUCAUAGAAAAGCUUUUCGGAUUCAAAAAAAAUUUUCAACUAAAAACGACAUUGAAUUUGCGACAACAUUCAAUAAUUUAGGUGUUGCUUAUAGUUGUUUGAGGGAUACUUUUAAUAAUAUUGGCGAAAUUUAUCUUUCGAAUGGACAUUCGUAUGAAGCUCGAAUAAAUCUUGAAAAAGCUCUCGAAAUUCGACUUAAAUCUUUACCUACUGAUCAUCCUACAUUGUCAGCUAGUUAUUCAAAUCUUGAUUGUGCUUAUGAUAGAAUGGCUACAACAUAUAAUAAUAUGGCCGAAUGUUAUAGUGAACUUGACGAUUUAGCAUUAGCAUUGUUUUAUCAUAAAAAAACACUUAAAAUUCGUUUAAAAUCAUUGUCAAAUGAUCAUCCAGACAUAAUUAAUUCAUACAGUAAUAUUGGAUCAUUGUAUACCGAUGAGCAAAAGUAUAAACUUGCUUUGAAAUAUUUAAAAAAGGCUAUUUCUAAAUCAUCGUCAGCUACUAUAACAAAGAAUUAUUGGCUUGUAUAUGUUUUAACUUAG